GCGGGGUGGGGGCGGGGACCCGUGUUUGUUGUUCGGCGGCGGCGGCGGCGGCGGUGGUAAGAUGGCUGCCAACGGGGGCUCCGCGGCGUCGUCGGCGCUGAAGGGGUUAAUCCAGCAGUUCACCGCCAUCACCGGCCAUGGGUCCUGAUGUGGAGUUCUUCGGGUGACCUUCUAGGUCCUAUCUUGGCAUUAAAAUCACCGACAAUGACCUUGUAGAAGGUGUGGUCUUCUUUAUAGAACUUCUCCAGCUCCAUAUCGAACUUCUCAAUUUCUUCUUCGUCGUAGCUGGAUGUUGAUGUGUAGACAAUGAAGAUAGAAACUGCUGGCAACGAGCCACAUCUAUUCAAACGUGCAAGUGAAAGUGUAGGGAAACACAUGCUGGAAGCCUGCAACAAUAAUUUGGAGAUGGCAGUCACUAUGUUCUUGGAUGGUGGAGGAAUUGCUGAAGAGCCCAGUACCAGUUCAGCAAGUGUCUCCACUGUCAGACCACAUUCAGAAGAAGAAGUUCGUGCCCCAAUUCCUCAAAAACAAGAAAUAUUGGUGGAGCCAGAACCUUUAUUUGGUGCUCCUAAGAGAAGACGGCCUGCACGUUCAAUAUUUGAUGGUUUCCGAGAUUUUCAAACUGAAACUAUUCGUCAAGAACAGGAAUUAAGAAAUGGCGGAGCAAUAGAUAAAAAACUAACUACCCUUGCAGAUCUGUUCCGGCCACCCAUUGAUUUGAUGCAUAAAGGCAGCUUUGAAACAGCCAAAGAGUGUGGCCAGAUGCAAAAUAAGUGGCUGAUGAUAAAUAUUCAAAAUGUACAAGAUUUUGCAUGCCAGUGCCUCAAUCGUGACGUAUGGAGCAACGAAUCUGUGAAGAAUAUUAUCCGGGAACAUUUUAUUUUCUGGCAGGUUUAUCACGACAGUGAAGAAGGUCAGAGAUACAUACAGUUUUAUAAGCUAGGAGAUUUUCCCUAUGUUUCUAUCUUGGAUCCACGGACAGGUCAAAAACUAGUCGAGUGGCACCAGUUAGAUGUAUCUUCCUUCUUGGACCAAGUUACGGGAUUUCUGGGUGAACACGGACAGUUGGAUGGACUGUCUAGCAGUCCUCCCAAAAAAUGUGCUCGUUCAGAGAGUCUUAUUGAUGCAAGUGAAGACAGCCAACUAGAAGCAGCAAUCAGAGCCUCCUUACAAGAGACACAUUUUGAUUCAACACAGACAAAACAGGAUAGCCGCUCAGAUGAAGAAUCUGAAUCUGAACUUUUUUCCGGCAGUGAGGAGUUUAUAUCCGUUUGUGGUUCUGAUGAAGAAGAGGAGGUUGAGAAUCUUGCCAAAUCCCGAAAGUCUCCCCACAAAGAUUUUGGGCAUAGAAAAGAGGAAACCCGAAGGCCCCUGAUAGAGCCCCCAAUGAGAACUGAGUCUGGAACAGCCACAAACCACCAAGGAUUACCAGCUGUGGAUUCAGAAAUAUUACAGAUGUCACCUGAAAAGUCAGAUGGGGUAUUAGAAGGCAGAGAUGUAAAUGGACCAAAAGCACAGCUGAUGUUGCGAUAUCCAGACGGAAAAAGGGAACAGAUCACUCUUCCAGAGCAAGCUAAACUCCUAGCUUUGGUGAAGCAUGUCCAGUCUAAAGGAUACCCAAAUGAACGUUUUGAACUUCUCACCAACUUCCCUCGAAGGAAACUCUCUCAUCUUGACUAUGACAUUACAUUGCAAGAAGCGGGCCUUUGUCCUCAAGAGACUGUCUUUGUACAGGAAAGGAAUUAACCCCAUGGCCUGG